AUGGCUAGAGACAGAGCCACUACCAUUACACCCUCGUCUAAUACAACCUCGGGUACAUCCACGCCAUCUACUGAAAGUUCGCUCAUGCUUUCGGACAUACUAGAGCCUGCCUCUCCGUUCGAGGAUCUCUUUGGAUCAACGUCAAGUCCUCAACUAGGAGCCCCACAACAAACCGCACAGCUCAGCCCCGUUAAACCACCGCAGGACCUUCCACCCAUUAUGUCUGCCCCAGUCACCCUACGCAGCUUCAGCGGCGAAACAGACGACAACGUCCAGCCAGGCGAGUUUCUGAAGACCUUCCGCCACUUCACAACGUCCGCCCGCAUCACAGACGACGACCUCAUCAUCACAUCCUUCGGAGACCACCUCAAGUACGGGUCCCCUGCAGACGACUGGUUCGCAGAGCUAACCAGCACGAAGCAGACGUGGAAAGAGGUAGAAACAGCGUUUUUGCAACGCUUUCCGCCCGUCGAGAAGGCUAAAAGGACGGAAACCGAGUUAGAGAGGGAGUUGUGUGAAUUAAGGUUGAAGACAGAGGAUUUGGGGAAGAAGGAGAAAUACGCAGGCGAAGAAGUCUACACCCACGUCAUAUUCGCAGAAAAGGCUCUCAGCCUCGCAAAACAAGCCAAGAUCAGCACAGGGUCGAAUUCGAUCUGGAAGGUCAGAGACGAGCUACCCGACAUUAUACGCCAGAAGGUCAAGGAAACGUACCCAACCUGGACCGAAUUUUGUGCAGCGAUCAAAGGGGUAGAAAUGGCUCAUAUACGAGAUGGGGUGAAGAAGUACCAGAAGGAGAAGGAGGAGAAGGAGAAAACGGAGGCGGCUAUAGCAAGCCUACAACGCUUACACCUGCAGGGACAACGUCGCCUCCCAGCUGCGCCCACAUCCUCAGUAUCAAACAUCAGUCAAACCCAGCAGUCAUCAACCUUGGGAGGUCAACGUAACAACACGCCACAAUCCAAUUCAACCAACACGAAUGCAUACACGGGCCCGUCAAGUGGCCAAGGCAACCUGCCCCGCCCAGCUCCCUCGCCAAUCACUGAAGCUGAUUGA